AUGAGGCCCGCCGCCCCCUCGAUCGAGAUCAUGGCGGUACAGUCAGUCACCCCCGACUCGCGCUCCUCGUCCUCCACCAACUCGCCUCUCCCCGCCGACAACGAGGAGUCGGACUUCUUCAUCGCCGGCAACGACUCGCAGUCGUCCCUCGGCGUGCCCAACAUUGAGGACAUGCAGGUCAACGACGACCCGUGCCAACCCGCCGUAAACCGCUUGCCGAGCGAGAUCCUCAUCUCCAUCUUCGCCAAGCUCAACAACACAUCUGACCUCUUCCACUGCAUGCUCACCUGCAAGCGCUGGGCCAAGAACUCGGUCGACCUCCUAUGGCACCGUCCCGCCUGCACCAACUGGAGGAAUCACUCGUCCAUAUGCCAGACGCUCCAGCUUCCCACUCCCUUCUUCGCCUACCGCGACUUCAUCAAGCGCCUCAACUUGGCCGCCGCCCCUCUCGCUGAUAAGAUCAGCGAUGGCAGCGUCAUGCCUCUCGCCGUCUGCACCCGCGUCGAGCGACUCACCCUGACGCACUGCCGGAACCUCACUGACCAGGGCUUGACGAAGCUAGUCGAAAACAGCUCCUCUCUUCUGGCACUCGAUAUUUCGGGCGACGAGAACAUCACUGACGUCUCCAUCCUUACCAUUGCCGACCACUGCAAGAGACUGCAGGGCUUGAACAUCUCGGGCUGCCGCCUGAUCAACAACGAGAGUAUGAUCAAGCUUGCCGAGAACUGUCGCUACAUCAAGAGGCUCAAACUCAACGAUUGUCAUCAACUGCGAGAUAAUGCCAUCCUUGCCUUUGCCGACAACUGCCCGAACAUCCUCGAAAUCGACCUGCAUCAGUGUGCUCAGAUUGGAAACGAGCCCAUUACCGCACUCAUCGCCAAAGGCCAGUCUUUGCGCGAGCUCAGGCUGGCAGGUUGCGAACUCAUCGACGAUACGGCUUUCAUGUCACUGCCGCUCGGCAAGACAUACGAUCACCUCCGCAUCCUCGACCUGACGUCGUGCGCCAGGCUCACCGAUCAGUCCGUGCAGAAGAUCAUUGACGCCGCUCCCCGUCUCCGCAACCUCGUUCUGGCCAAGUGUCGCAACAUCACCGACGUCGCCGUCAAUGCCAUUGCGAAGCUUGGUAAGAACCUGCAUUACCUGCAUCUCGGCCACUGCGGCCACAUCACCGACGAGGCCGUGAAGCGGCUUGUUCAGGCAUGCAACCGUAUACGUUACAUCGACCUGGGAUGCUGCACCAACCUCACUGAUGAUUCAGUCACGAAACUGGCUCAGCUUCCCAAACUCAAGAGAAUCGGCCUUGUCAAGUGCAGCAGCAUCACCGACGAGUCCGUGUUUGCUCUCGCCCGUGCCAACCACCGCCCUCGCGCACGCCGAGACGCAAACGGCAACAUUGACGAGUACUAUUCGUCCAGUCUCGAGAGAGUCCAUCUCAGUUACUGCACAAACUUGACCCUCAAGAGCAUCAUCAAACUACUGAACUACUGCCCGCGUCUCACCCAUCUCAGUUUGACGGGAGUUACUGCUUUCCUCAGGGAAGAGUUUGGCGAGUUCUGCCGUCCUCCCCCGCCUGAAUUCACCGAUCACCAACGUGGUGUGUUUUGCGUCUUUUCCGGUACCGGCGUUUCGAGACUUCGCGAUUACCUCAACUCCUCUGCCGAAUACGAGAGCUUGCGCGAUUCGCCCGCCCGAUUCCCUGGCAUUCCGGGAUUCGGCGCCCGUCGCCCGGCGGACCCCCGUAAUGCAACCGCCGGCAAUACUGAACAGGUCAACGGAGAUGGCGAGGUUGAUGACGCCGAGGUGCCGGAGGACGACGACUUUGAGGGCCUGGACGGCAGCGAAAUGGCGGUAGAUGGCCAACCCCUGUUGGCACAGAACCUGGUAAACGGAAAUGCUCAGAACGGCGUUCCUCCGCCUCCGCCGAACCACGUGCCUUCGGCCAGCGCCGUGCCCAUGUUCGCUCAGCCCCUGGGCCAGGCUCCUCUGCUGUUCAGCCCCGUCAGCCCAGCGUUUCCUCAGUCGGCUCGCUCGCCAACGACCGGCAGCCCGUCCAACCACGCACCGCCCCUGGUUGUGUCUAGUCACUAUUCCCCGACGAGUCCAGGACCCAGCACAUCGACGGCAAACACUCUCUCGCCCCAGGGAACAAACCUUGGGUUCCCCGCAUACACAAGCAGGAGGCCCGCACCUCUGGGUGCCAGCACUGCGUCGAUGGAAGCUUCCAUGCUCAGCCCGGCUAACCACCAGAGUCGCCCAGCGAGUGUCAUCUCCAUGGAGGCGUCGAUGCUGGGGCCCGCCGAUCCGGAGAUGGCGGAGCCGUCCACGCCCAACGGGCAGCAACAGCAUUCGUAA